GGGUAGAAUCCUGCUCCUACUAAAUAUCAUCAUUUCCUGGAAGUACACUCAGGCCUAGGCUAACCCGGACACUCAACCGAUGACCGAAUGAUGAUUUUGCAAUUCCAAAUCCGGUCCGAUAUUUGGUUUACGCCUGGGUCUGACAGAUUCAAAGUAGUACCCGCUGCGCCCAGCUGCGCGCAACCUGGGCAAAAUUGUAUUGCGUUCAUUUUCUAUCAUUAUUCCUAUCGUUGAAAAUCUGAUGCUGCUGGAAGAUAAUAGGCCUGGAUUAAUAUAGAAGAAUGAACAUUUAAAACUGCGCACCACCUCAACCGCUAGCCAAUUUACCGAUCAGUUUCAAGUUGAAGGGAAUCAAACCGGAUGAUGCCUUGACAGAAGAUGUAGCGCCCCGUAUAUAACUAAGAUUACGAAGGCCCUUGGCCCUUUAUCGGAAUGCUGUCUACAAGGAAAGCCGUUUGGCUUUUUCUUGCCUUUGAACGGGUUCUGACUGCACAGAUACCUCUGUCGAGCCAUCCGCCUCUAUCCUUUUACCCAGGGCUAGAAAAUGAUCUUGGACAGUGGGACCUCGGUGAAGGACCUGCGGUGAACGCGACAGGACAUCUAGUGUUCGAAACGGUCAAUUCUCUGCUUCAAGCCUGGCCAAAUACACGUCAUCGUAUUGGUCAUACAAUAGUCCCAGGGAUCAUUCCCGUGGGCACUCUUCUCUACCAUGGAGCUGCUGGUCCCCAUUUACCGACUGCUUUGGAUUGGGUGGCUGUAGAGCCAGACCACUCCAUACUUUUCUGCGAAGGGUCAAUCGAAAAAGGAUGCUGGCACCUCACUCUUACAGUCACUCGGCCAAUGAAAGUGCUCUAUUUUGAUGGAAACAGCGGUGCGAAACUCCUCGAGGGCACCAUGGACACCCAAGAUCUCGUGGCAUGGUCGGAAAUGAAACCGGAGUGGGUGAAAAAUGAAGAGCAGCGCAUAAAGGAUCUGUGUAAAUGGGGUGAGAAAUAUGGGGUGAAUGGCUUUGUGAGGAUGCAAAUGAAUUUUGAGAUCAUGAUCUGCAACUUCACCUCUCACAUGGAGGUCGCUUCGUUCCUAAAUCUCGAAAGCACUCGCCUCAGCAGAGGCACAAAUCCGGAGCUACCUGAGGACCCCAAUACUAUGCAUCGCGCUGUGGAAGUAACGCAUUCUUCUUCAUGGCACGAUCAUUAUCCAGGAGAAACCCGAAUCAUACUUGAUUUUUCUGGGCUCGUCUCUUUCUACGAUACCGCUCUUGUUCCCUCCUUGGUGCCACGCCGUGCAGGCUUGGAGCGGUGGGAUCAUCGAGUAGCAGGAAUAUCACCGGAGGAUAUAGAACGUGUCCGAGACAGGCUAUCUCAAGCGUUAGCACGACCACCUGUCACAACCAGCGGCAUUGACUGGAAAACGGUCUUGCAGGUGGUGGUUGAUCGAUAUGCCAGCCGCCUGGAGUUUAUGCACCACCUUUUGAACUUGACGUUGGACGAUGAGUCAAUCUUUAACCACGCACAGCAAAUUCAGAGACAGCUGCGUACCGUGCUUCUGCCCUACACGGUGUUUGCAGCUUUACCUCCCAACAACUCUGUCGCUGUCAACGCCACAAAUUCGUGGGCUGUCCCAGUUUUUCGAGAAUGUGCUACGUCGCACACGGCCUCCAUAGUGCCUCACGGAACGUCACUGAUGCCCUCCGAACGCUUGCUCCUACAGGCGGUGCGGGAAACUACGCAUGAAAUAUGCCGCGUCGUCACGAAGAUGUGGGCCUCUGGAAUGACUCUUGGCGUCGACCCCCUUUAUCCUCCAGAACUGCGCCCUGAAACCGAUCACAUACGUACCCUCAUGGAUGAAUGGAAGGAGGAUGUGACACAGUUGCUCUCCUGGUUAGAUUGGAGCGUGUGGGUCAAGUGUCGACCGGCCUGUGGUUUUGAGGAGCUGUGCUACUUGCCUACUUGGCCUAUAGGGUUUUUCCCGACUCCCGACGCACCACCUCAAGCUCAAUGGGAUGAUGCUUCGUUAUGGCCAGACCCAAACGACGGGGAAUGGAGGAGACCGCAGCCGAAAUGCAUCAGACGGCUGGAGCCAUAUGGUUUUUAGGAUAUAGCACUACUGCUAACAUAUAGACGUCCUUUGUACGUAGUCUGACUUGUAAAAUAAUUGCUCUGGAGUUUAAGCGCGCGCCGCGCGUGAC